GACAGAUGUAACUGCAGCUUUGAGCAGGAGGCAGCUCGGGGAAGCCUCUCAUUACAGAACAGGGAAUUCCCACUGGAACAGCCCUCUGCCCUCACGCAGUAAAUGUGAGACACAGGAUGAACAAGCCGUGUGCUGUAACAUCAAACGCAGGGCUCUGUGGGUCCUGCCAUCAGAUGCAGGGCUCUGCAAACAGCGUAUCUCUUUGUGCUUCUUUCUUCCCUCCUCUUUCUUCUGUAAGACAAACUAUAUGUAUUUAUCCAAGCUACGGCAAGUGUGUUUUGACGUAGUGACAAUGACAUGGAAUGAGUGUGUGCUCAAGUUGUAGCUUAACACUUUUACGAACUCAGUAACAGACCUUAUCACUCAGACCUCCUCAAACCAAAGCGUCCCCAAGUCCUCAUUGGGAAUGCUAAUGCUGUCUGCAGCAGAUGAAAGCAUUAGUUGGACUCCAUUGAAUAAUUCUGCUUAGUGAACUUUAGCUCCACACACUGUAAGACAUGUACAAUGAGAAUCGUGUUUACUUCUUAGAGGGAGGAAAACCUGAAGCGCUUCUUUUUAGGUGCUUCGAAUUGUCUCUACAGAUACAAAAUGUCUUGCCAGAUAGAUUUGGUCUAGGCACAGGGACAACGUAUACGAAAAGUCAAGGGUAUAUGGGUUGAAUACAAGAAAUUCGAGACAGUGUGUCCAGGAGUGAGAGAUGCGGUUGCAUACCAGCCUGAUGCUUGCUCACUGAGGCCUUGGUUAGCUGUCUGCAGAGUGAGAAGCCACAGAUGACUUCCUACGGAGGGCUGUGGUGAGAGUUGAGGUCAAUGAUCUAGAUAAAGACGUCUGUGAACGUCAAGUGUACAACUCAAUAUAGUGCCAUUUUGUCUCCUCACUGGGAAAUUGAAUUCUGGUUUUCCCAGGGCAUUUAAAAUGGAUCCCAGAGUAAUGAAAUAUCAAUUCUCUUCGUCUCUUGAGUCCUUUUUUGUAGUCUUCAUUUUCACUUUUGCUCCUUAAGUGUUAGUCUGAAGGAAUUCUGUGCCCACAGUGUAGACUCUUAAAUUUCCCAUGUAUGGUAUUAUGCUCUGAAAACGGUCUGUACAGUAUUUGCAUAGGCCCCGAUUUCUCAGUUAGGUUGUAAUAUGUCUAGCAAAUAUUGCUCCAAAAUAGCUCCUUUUAUUUUGCAAGGUCAGUGUUACCAAUGGAAGAUUUAAAAUUCUUUUAGGAAGAUGGAAGGUAGUCUUUUCCAGUUGAAUGGUUCUUAUUUGUUUAUAUCACCCAAGCAAUUCACUGGCUGUGUUCUUCAGCUGGAGUAGACUCAAGCCCAUACAGACAGCUAUCUUCUGAAAAUAUCUGUUAGCAUUCUUCAUUUGAAACAUUCUUACAGUUCUGUCAGAGCAAUUGAAGCUUGGAGGUAGUGAGUUUUUGAAGAGGCUUCCAGUUGACGUUUGAUGCCCCAUAUAACAGUUUCUAGUCAUGUGGAAAGCAUUGCCAAGUUCCCAGGGUCAUAGUCCGUCUCCGUGGACAGGAGCUCAGACGGCAUGCACGGGAUCUCAUCUCAGUUCAGUUUUCAGCAUCCAUGUCUGACGGUUCAUAACCCUCUGUAAUUCCAGCUCUAGGGAUCCGAGGCCUCUGGUCCCCAUGGGUAGCCUCGCAUGUCUCCCCCACAUACACAAAAUGUAAGAGAAGUCUUUAGAAAAACAGAUCACUAUUGUGUUAGCGAUAAACAGGGACUCAAGGCAUGCCUCAAAGCCUCUAGGAAGACAGGAUUUCAUUCAUCUAGUCUUGAAUUAUGUGAGGAAACGUGUGCUCUGCAUGGCUGUGCGUGUGCUUGGGCCAGAACCCUGGAAACCACAGGUAGAGUUUCAACUGUUUUCUUAGAAAGAAGGCAAAGUGAUUUGCCAUGGUCACUAAUUCAGUUAGUGGUGCAUCUAGGAAAGGCAUUGUUGUGUGCUUAGUGAUGCUUCCUGUGGAGCAAGCCCUGAGCUCAGGAUCUCUAGUGACACAGCAAGGAAUAAGGGCUCUCCAGGGUAUUCGACUCCAGACGUCUAGAACGUACAGCGAAGCUUCUCGCUUACCAUCGGAUGCUAACAGUGUUAUUAUUACGUGCCUCGUCAUUAUUUUGAAGAAGGGAGCUUUCUUUCUCCCGUAAUAAUGGCUGGCAGUCCGAGAAGGAAGUUUUUGUGUCCAGUUUCACAUCUGGGAAGAUAGAAGUUAUCCUCAUUAGGACCCUUACUGAACAUUAUCAAGAAGCCCACCAAACAAUGCAACAGGGAACGUUAAAAAUCAAAUUGAUGGCUGUUUUGUGGUUGGAGGGUGGUUUCUUAGAGACUUAAAGAGUCUCUCACUACCCAUUUGUUACUAGCUGGCUAUCGACAGCCUCCUGCUGUCAUUGGCCUGAUUCUCUCUUCUAUCUUGCCUUGCCACUGCUCCAGGGAUGCUGGGGGGUGGGGUCCAACUGACAAGAGCAUCAUCACAGUCCUGGUCAGGGUUCUCUGGCUUGCUGGAUGAACCUGCAGUGUCUGCCAGGGCUGUGGUUCCAGUGAGUGGAUCCGGUACUGUCCACUUAUCUUUAUGUUCUGUUCAUUUCAUGUUCGUGUGACUGUAACUACGCUUCAUUAGCCAACAGAAUAGAAUGAGUAAUUUUUGGUGAACAAUUUUUAAUUUUAAUUAGAAGGGGGAAAAUGCACUAACUGAGACAGAAGGCUUGGCUUAUGAACCAGAAUAGGAAGAUCCUAAAGGUGGGGUGAAUUUUAGGAUUAAGAUUAUGGGGAGAGACCGGGAAAUUUAGGCAAAGGUUCUUAUAUAUUAAAUGUCCCUUAGACUAGCUAAGAAGAAUAAUUUGCUGUUUGCACCUCUUAUAGUUACUUUACCAAUUAAACAACUAAUAGCCAAAUAAGUUUGAUUUUUCUGCAAUCUACUCAACUAGUCAGGAAACACACAUUGCAUGCCAUUUGGCCAGAGUUGUCAGUAAGAAAAUAUUAAUGAGAAAAUCCUGGCCAAUGAAGAGGACCCUCCCUAGGGGUGGUUUUGACUUUCCUAGGUUAAAGUGAAAUAGGAAUGGAAAUUUUCAAUGAGAAGAGUGUAUAUCUUUCUAUAUGUCCUUGAAGGCAAGUAUUGCAUCCUAAUUAUCUUUGUAUCUCUAGAGUGGGGAACAGAACCUGGCUCUCAGCACUGUACAGAGGUGUUUGCUGAAGGGCCACUUGUAGAAAAUGAGCUCAUGCAGAAAAUGAGAAUGUUACUUGAUUCAUUUUGCCCAAUGACAUCUGUCUUUUCAUUAGCCCAGUUCUGGCUUAAGAUGGCAUAUUAGAGAAGUUGUCUGGGCAUCUCUCCUGGAUUAUGAAGUUCAUUUUCUUACAUAAAUAUUUAAAAUGUUAACACCAUAUCUGAGAAUCAUGUGGAGAGGUGCAAAGGUUUUCCGAGGGUUAUCCAAGAACUAAUAUCAAAUAUCUAGCAGACUAAACAUUUCAAGCUUUCAAAACUCAACCUAAGUUCUAAGUUAGGUUGACAUUUCCUUUUGAAAAACAGACGUUUUUCCUAUCUUUGUAGAUGCUAUAGGUUAGUGGAAGGGGAAAAGGAAACAAAACAAAACAACAACAACAACAACAAAACAACCAACAAACUAAAAUACCCAAAAAACAAAAACCACCCCCCAAAUCAAAAAACAAAAACAGAAACAGAAAACAAAAACCAACAGCAGUAGUUUUAACUCGACAUAAAGAAGAUAGUUUUAGAGUUAGGGAGUAACUAGGGGUAUAAUACUUGCAUAGCAUACAGGAAGUCUUGGGUUUGAUCUUAUUAUUGAAGAAAGCAAAACUACUUACCAAAGAUGCAGAUUUUCUUUGGUGUCUUUCCAGAAAAUGGUUUGUCCUAGGUUUAUCUAUAAGGAAAGAAAAGGCAGAAAUAAAUUAGACAAGUACUAGUUUGUGUGAUCAAUGCAGCCAAAAAGUGUAAUAUUGGCUUAGAAAAGGAGUUUGCUGUGGUUUGAAAUUCCAUUCAUUGUUAGACAAUUCCACUUGAGGGUAGUGGGCAAAAGCACUUGUCAUUAAUGCUUGAUGACCUAAGUUGGAUUCCUUAGACCCACCAUAGAAGGAGACAGCUGACUCCCAAAAGUUGUCCUUUGACCUUCCCAUACACCCUGUGGCAUGCAUUGUGCUUAGUAGCAUUAAACAUUAUGGAAAAAAACUUCACUUGACACUUUAAAAGAAUCAAGUCAGUUUUAAGACCCAAGAGUUAUAGAUUGUAGGAGGAAUAAAGACAAGAAGAAGAGAUAAUUUUUGUCUUGGGAGUUUCCGCUGGCCUACCAAAUUAGGAUGCGAUGCUUCUCUUAGAAGCUCUGGUGUUCCUUUCCUCUCAACAGAAAUGUAAUCAUCCUAUGUAUUUUGAUUUAAUAUGUCUCCCCAUUUUCCUGUAUAGAUGGCUUUAAGAAAAAGAAUUGGAGGCAUGGAUUCUUUUUAGCACUUGCUACAGAGAUUUGAAAUUUAUUCUGAGAACACUAGGGAUUGAAAGGGUAGCUCCCUCGGGAUAAAUGCACAGCUGUCUAGAGUUCAGAUGGGAGCACAGAACGAGAAAGCAGAGCUUGUUGGGUCUAGUGGUUCAUAUCUGGGAGGGAAAGGAUGGACCAGUGGAGAGUGGAAGGAAUAAAAAUGAAAUUCUUCCAUUUCCUGUGUCUUCCAGCACCUGUUUUCCAUUCAGAUAAGGUAAGGAAAUUAAAAGCAAAGGUGACCAUGUUAGGUUCUGUCUGAGUAGUGCCCUGGUCUUUUAACUGGAUUGAUCUUUCUGUGAGUCAUCUUUUCUCCUACUUUUCAAUAUAAGCCUAUUGAUUUAGGGACUUUUAGCAGGGGAAAAAAGGUAGAAAAUGAUGAACCUGUCAUCAGCAUCCAGUCUUCCUGUUUAUCUGUUGCUGGACCUGAGCUGGCUCAGGUACUUUGGGAAAUAGGCCAUUAUUUGCCCCUCACUAUAUAUAAAACUUGAUUUAUUUGCUUUCUUAUGUGUAUGCGUGUGUGCAUACCUGCUUGUCUGUACGUGUUUCACAUGUGUGCAGAUGUGUGUGGGUGCCAAAGAGGGUAUGUAUCCCAUGGCUCAGGAAUUAAAGGUCAUUGUGAGGUGAUUGAUAUGUGUGCUGAGAUCAAAACCAGGGUCCUCUGCAGAAACAGCAAGUGCCCUUAACCACAGAGCCAUUUCUUAAGCCCACCUUGUUCACUUUUUUAAAAAAAUUUCUUACAAUUGUAUGGCACUGAGUGUGUAAAGGAAAGAUGUAUUUUCUUUUUAGACAUAGACAAGCACAAAGGACAGUUUAGCAUCAUAUUGCAGAAAUACAGAACAGCCUGCAGUCUUUGAAAUGCCCCAUCAAGGAGAGAAUUAUCUGUGUUGGGUUAACUUUCCUGGGGGAAAUGUGAACAAAUGUCUAUUUACUCCACAUACAGUUCCCACAAAGGACCAAAGAUACAGCCUUAGCAGGUAUUGUUUGCUGAGCCAGUGAGUUUAUUGGGGUUACCUGCAGGCACAUGUGGAAGACGUUCCAUCCAUUGAAUAUGCAUGACUCCUGGGUAGCUAUAUCAUGGAACGGCCCACACCAGCAUGGCUGAUGUCUCUGGAAAGUGGUCCGAGAAUUCCCUGUUCAGAUUGCAGGCACCUCCACCGAUGACCUCAACAGUCAUUUGCUAUUUAUAUACCUGGAAGAAGUGGUGUCUCCUGAGUCUCAAAAGUCUCAUGAACUUUCCAAGACUUGUGUGUUUCUUCUGCUCCCCAGGAGGAAAUUUGUCAAUCCAAAGGAAACGUUCUCUAUGAUGAACUUCAUCCAACAUGUUCUUCUGUACUGUGACUUUCCCAUUAUAUCACCCAAGGGGGACCGGACCCUAUUUCUUCAACCUAGUGUUCACCAUUUGACUGCUUUGGCCAAUAAAAUAGAGCAGAGCUUUUUAUGACCUGGUAGUUCCUGUUGUCUACCUCUUGGAAGCCUGCUGUCAUGCAAGCAUGGAAUUACCUUGAAAUCACUCAACAGAGAGAAGCACAGGCCAUGUGGAGGAGGAGGACUGAGGAGUGAACUGACAUUCAGGAAAGAAUAAUGAGGAGCCAGAUUCACUGCAGAGGCAGGCCCAACACACACAUGAAUCACAAUGACCAAGACAGUAGACCUCAGCCUGAAUCCCUGACCCACAAACUUGUGAGCAAAAUGACAGUGUUGCUUGAUUGAGCCAGUAAGUUUAUGACAUAGUUUGUAACAGUUGUGGAUAAAUGCAUUAGUGUCAGUCUUGACUGAUAGGAGGUAGAAAUUAGAUAGUAAACUAACUUUCCAUUUUGACCAAAUCUUAAUCAGGAAUGAGAGUAGUGGCCCAUCGUGAGUAUGGUAGCUUGAAUGAAAAUAGCCCCCAUAGGCUCAUAGGGAGUGGCAUUAUUUGAAAGGAUUAGGGGAUGUGGCCUUAUUGGAGGAGUGUGUCUCUCAGGUGACUUUGAGGUUCAAGUGUCGCUCUCUCUUCCUGCUGCCUGUGGAUACAGAUGUAGAACUCUCAGCUACUUCUCUAGCACUAUGUCUGCCUGCAUGCCACCAUGCUUCCCACCAUGGUGAUAUUGGACUAAAUUUCUGAACUGUAAGCCAGCCCCUUAUAAAUGCUUUCUUUUAUAAGAGUUGUGGUGGUCAUGGUGUCUCUUCACAGCAAAAAAGACUCUUAACUAAGACCAUUAGUUAUCCAUUCAGAAGGUAAAACUGCAAACUGAUCUUCUUUACUACCCGAUGUCUUUUUUUAUUUGAACUGUUUGUUUAAAGACUGAGGCUGUAUGUUUAUCAUGAAUUCCCUACUAUUCUCCAGGGGAAAGGGAAACAAUGUAAAAACACUAGCGUUCCUCCAUGUAAUCCCUUUGACUUCUGCUCUGAUCACCAUACUUCAGAAAUCCCUUACCUACUCUUUCAGUGUUCUGCAGAUUUGGAGGAAACACUGUCUUAUUAGCUUCUGUUUCUUUUGCUUUCUUCUUUUUAAUUUUAUUUAUUUAUUUAUUUAUUUAUUUAUUUAUUUAUUUAUUUUGAGAAAAGAAGUCUUGUAGCCCAGGCUAGCCUAGAACUCACUGUGUAGAUGAGCAUGGCCUUGAAAGUCUAAUACUUUCUUUCUCAGCCUCUGGCGUGCUGGGAUUACAGGCAGGUACCACCAUGCAUACUUAGGGUCAAAACCAGGGCUUUGUGCAUGCAAGGCAAGUACUCUUCCAACUGAGCUACAGCCCAGCCUUCUACUCUGUGUUUCUAAUGUCCACAGUGUAGCUUCUUGAUUUUUGGCUUAAGGUCAAGUGUAAUUCCUAAAACAUUUCUACCCGGGGCUUAGUGACUUACAUAUUUUUCCUUCUCAGCCUGAACACAUCUGAGCAAUUUUAGGGCCUCAGUUUGCUGCAUUUGAAAAAUUCCAAAGCCCACUUUAACACCUUCUAGAAGACGUGGACACUCAAGUCAGAUGAAAAAACUAAUGAUGUGCAACCUUGAAUAAAUGACCUAGUGGAUUCCAUUUUACUGCAUGAUGAACAGGGAGUAGGUAUGGGGCUUGAUGGUCUACACUAGUUUUUUGUUUGUUUGUUUUGAUGUCAGGCUUGCUAUGUUCUCAUGUAUCUUUUAAAAUAUGAUUUGUGCUUAUCUGGAAAUUAAACGUGGAGGCUAUCAGUUGUGUAUAUGCUAGGCUUUAAUCAACAGACACCGUGCCUCUCUUUAUAGAUUAGAGGGAAAAGAUUUUCAUCAUAUAACAAAACUCACUUACGAUUACACAUAUUUACAGGGAUAGUUAAGUCGCCCUGGAAUAAUGUCUGUCAAGGACACAACCUGCUUCAGAGUCCCACUCCUUUGCACCUACAGGGAAACCCAAUUAGAGCAUCUAUUUUCAAGAACUCAUAUCACCAGAGACUGAAGUUACACUGGAGCAGGCAGGUAACAGCACGCCCUAAAAAACUGACCUAGCCAGGAAAGUGCACAUGGAGACUCACCCACAUUCUGCUAUUCUGUGAAUGUCCACCUCUGAUCUAAAGCAGACUGGCUAAUAUUUACAUAAAGGGAGACUAAACUGGUUUCAGUAAUUAUGGCCCCGGGGGGUGAGGUGGAAUGCUUAGAUUAUAUGGCAUGGGCUCCAAAGAAUUUCUUUUUAGGUCUAAAAGGUCGGGUUUGAAGCCAAAUACCUGUUUGGUACAUCUUAUGAAAACAAGCUCCUAACUGACGAUUACUGAUACUGCUUUAAGUCCAUGUUGCUGGGUUUGCUGAUUGACGCCUGUCAUGCCAAUACGAUGGCUAAACAGUGGCAGGGAGAUCAAAAGUUUGAGGCUCACUGGCUUUGCAUCUAGGGAGUAGUAAAUGUUUCAGAGUCCUAUUCUCUCCUUUCUUAAAUGAAAUGCAUGUCAGGGAUGUCCCUUUGAAGGCCUCUCUUGUUCUCCAGGCAGAUAGCCUCUCUUUCUUGCUUUAUUUUUUAUUUCCUUUUGAAUGGCGACGGUGACUGUACCAGCUUUAAUAGUGACAGACUAAUGAAUGCGUCUGUCCACUUCAUCAUUGAUUCUUAGUGAGUGUCUGUCUAGGAAGACAGCAGCGGGGAAAAAAAAGAAAAGAAAAAAGAAAGAAAGAAAGAAAGAAAGAAAGAAAGAAAGAAAGAAAGAAAGAAAGAAAGAAAGAAAGAAAGGAAGGAAGGAAGAAAGAAAGAAAGCAAGCAGCAGCGGCAGCCACAGCAGAAGCAGCAGCUGCAAUCUACUCAGUGACCCAGUUUCUGACCCCGCCCCCAUCAGCAUAGGGUAUUCUUCACAAGUGUAUCAGAAGCAAAGGUUUAUGUCCUUUCGAUUAUCUAAGAGGAGUUGGUCAUUCACCGUACUCAUGUAAGUAAGAAUAAAGGGUUCCUUGAUUGAAAUAAUCAUAGAUGAAGUUUGACUCAGGCUUUAUCCAUAUGAGGAUCCCCAUGGCCAAGCUCCUCCUGCAGUACUGUGAGUCUCUGACUUGGGUUUUUUUUCUACUGCUCACUGGUUUGGGUAUCUAGGGAGUAGCAAAUGGUUCAGAGUCCUGUUCUCUCCUUUCCCAAAUGAAAUGGAUUUCAAAGAUGCCCCCUUUGAAGACCUCUCUUGUUCUCCAGGCAGAUGGCCUCUCUCUAUUCUCACUUCCUUUUGAAUGGUGACGGUGACUGUAGCACCUUUAAUGGUGAGAGACUAAUGAAGGCAUCUGUCCAUUCCAUCAUUGUCCUCUCUACCAGGAUGCUGUUAUAGACUCAGACAGAGCUCUUCACACCCUUCAGCUCAGUUCACAUUCAGUGGCUACCUCUAAUGAAUACUUGUUUGAAAGUGGUUCCCAUUUCUUCCCUGGACCGUCAAAUUGCUGCAUGCAGCUUUCCUGGCUAAUGGUUACUUUUCUUGUUACUGUGAGCAAACGUCUGCUAAGAACUAAUGUAAGGGAGGAAAUGAUUUAUUAUGGUUCCAGGUUCGAGAGGACAAAGGGCAUGGUGGUAGGAGUGACAUAGUGGCAGAAAUGGCCCUCGGCUGAUAUUGCAACUUCCUCUCAUCUGGGGAUCAGGAAUCAGAGAGUAAUUCUGGGCCAAGAUGUAAACUUUAAGACCCACCAUCUCUUUUGAGUCUCUACAUCCUAAAGAUUCCAGAAUAUUCCAAGCUCCAUAAGCUAACAGGGCUGUGUUGCCCCAUGGGUCACAAGGUAUAAACCUUAAGGUAUCAUGCAUAGGCAUUGCGUUAGUUUGGGCUGCUAUGAAAAACCGUCAUAGACAGGGUAGUUUAUGUAAUUUAUUCCCCAUAGUCCUGGAAGAUGGGCAUCAUCAGCUCUGUAGUCCCGAGGUGGGCCUGCUCCCUGAUAUGUUUGUCUCUGAAUCCACAGAAAGCUAAGAGGAAAAGUGACCUUUUCCUGUGGUUUCUUAAAAGGAUACUAAGCCCACAAAGGUUCCACCUCAACGCCUGUUCUGCAGUAAUUUAUGUGAUGACUUGGACAAUAGCGUGUAGUUUUCAGAAGAGAUUGACAUGUAACCCAGUAGACCAAGUCAGGAAAAUUCCUCUCUCCCUAAUGUCUAAAGUCAACAUCUAACCCAGGUUGGUUCCAGAUUGCCAGAAUCCAGAUGCAAUAAAAAAGGGGAUGGAGAAUGAAAUGUCUCCUUUUCAUUAGGGGCUUCCAUCUCCUUCUCUUCUAUCCUCUCAGUCUUCCAGUUUCCCACUGACCUUCAACCUCAGACUCAACCACUUUCUUGGCUCUCCAGCUUGUAGGAGAUUAUCUUUUGGGACUUCUUGGCCUUCAUAAUUGUAUGGAAUAAAGCUGAUGCCCAUAAUGUGUCUCUUCCAUUUAUAGAAACUCCAUUGGUUUUAUUCCCUACUAUACAUCGCCAAAGGCCCCAGAUCUCACCGCACUUAAGUUCUUAUUAUUUCAAGUCUGAGGCUUUCCAACAUUCAGGCAAAAGAGAUAGCUACAUGCGCCAGCAGUAGGAAGGAGACAGUUGAUAUGUACUCACACAUGGUGAUGUCUGAAGGUCAAGGAUUUGGUCAUUAGAGGAUUCACACCCACACUGCUUAUCUGAGAAGAUCACUUUUUCCAACGUCCAUCACUCACACUCUUCAUCAUGUGGAUAUGUCAGAACUUUUGAUUCAGUUGUCAGUUAUUCUUAAUCUACAAGGUGCUUCCUUUCAGUUUACGUUCUCUCUCUCUCUCUCUCCCUCCCUCUCUCUCUCUCUCUCUCUCUCUCUCUGUGUGUGUGUGUGUGUGUGUGUGUGUGGUCUACCUUGGGUGCCCUUGGUUUGUGCUUCUAUACCUUGAAAAAGAGAUGCUCAGAGUUUUCUGAUGAUUCUCAUAUUGAGAUUGGGAGUUCUUCUAGGGAAAAGGUGGCUUAAGUCAUGCUGAGGCCCCAACAUGCUGUGCAGAUCUCAGCAUUUGAUACCCUUCACGCAGCAAGUACCUACUGAAUGGCUAAAGGAGUAAGUGAAGAGUGUUGAGGGGCAGACAUGGAUGAGAGGCAUGAAAGUUCAAAGGAGAGAGAGGAACUGCCUCAUACUAAUGUUGAUGGUUAAACUGGGAUCUAGGAAAACCAAAAGCUCUCCUGCCUGGUCUGUCAGACCAGGUAGAUAUACUAGUGUAUAGAGUAUUCCGGGUAGAUAUACUAGUGUAUAGAGUAUUCCGGGUAGAUAUACUAGUGUAUAGAGUCUUCUGAUCAUCUCUAAAAGAGGAACAGUAUGGAAGAGGGUGAAGUAAGAUCAGUGGGCAAUUCAGGAAAAGCCCUGGAGGUAGGCAGCUCUGAAGCUGGAAGUACUGCAGAUACCAGGGGCUUUGCGACUGGGAAUUUUGAGGUGAAGUUUCCCUUUGUUUACUAACGUUCCUCUUGCUGUUUCUUCCAUUGAAAGCAAAACCUCCAACCAAGAUGUCUUAAAGAGCACCUUGAAAAGGGCAUGACUUACUUAUGAAACAGGUAAAAUUAAUGACUUCUCUUGUGAAAAACUACCUGAGAAGGAAUAACCUAAGGAAUGAGGGUUUCUUGGGAUUCACAGCUUGAGGGAAACUCCCAUCAUGGCAGAGGAUGCUGUGCUGAGGGGAGGUAGAUGUAGCUUGGCAGGGGGGAUGUGAGGCAGUUGCUCACAUUGUCCACCAGUCAGAAAGCAGAAAGAGAUGAGUUCCCUACUCAUCCUGCCAUUAUUUUUUUUAUAGUCUAGCUCAAAAUUCCAGACCACAGAUGGCGCCACACACAUUUAGAUAAGUUUUUCUAUGUCAUCAUCUAAUAUACUCUAGAAAUACCUUCAUAGACAUGCCCAGAAGUUUGUCUCAGGUUGAUUCUAAAUACUGCCAAGGGACUGGGGUGAUGGAUCAGUCAGUAAGAGUGCUUGCUCUACAAGUGUGAGGACCUCAGUUCAAAUCCCCAAUACUGAAGUCAAAUAGGAUGUGUGCACAUUGAGUCUCAGUGCUGAGGGAGUAAAUCCUGAGAGCUCACUGGCCAGCCUACCUCAAGUGAUGAACCUCCAGUUCAGUGAGAGACCCUUCUCAGGACAGUAAGGCAGAGAAUGAGAGAGGAAGACACUCCACAAAUUUCUCUGGCCUUUGCAUACUCACGAAUGGCCUUGGAAUUUUCACAUGGAAACACACUGUACACACAUUCAUUCAUUCAUUCAUUCAUUCAUUCAUUCAUUCAUUCAGUCUGUCUGUCUGUCUGUCUGUCUCUAAUACACACACACACACACACACACACACACACACACACACACACACACACACAAACAUACACCACAACCACACACCAUCAAACUAGCAAUCAAGAUAAAACAUCGUAGGUAUGCAUUCUAAACUUGUAUUCUCUGUAUGUCAAGAAGAAUCUACAAGGAUAAGUCAAGUGACUUUGAGCAGAAGAAAAAAAAAUGGCAACGAAUUUAUCCAGGAAGAGGGCCAGGAGGAAAAGGAGAGUGGACAGGAGUUGAUCUGAGAACACAAUGUCAUAAACGUAAGAGGCCCCUUCCUUAUACCUCUAAUCAGAGGCAUUUCUCUCUGUGCCUCCUCUGACUGUCCUUUAAGUCCUCUCUUCCUAAACAGGCCAAUGGCUUAAGUCCAGGAAAUAAGAUCCACCUCUCAGUGUUCCAAACUUUGACGUAAACUGAGAGUGUCAUUCACAUAACAUUCUAAAGAGAACAGAUGCGGUUGGCUACCAUUGACUAGUUUCGGUUAAAAGCAGCUUCACAAUUCCCUUGCCUAACACUUUUGAGAAAUAAUUUUCCAUGCCAUGUGAUAGCAGUAGUAGAAGAAGAAUUGGCUCCAUACACUAACUCAGACCUGCCUGAGCCUUUUUCAGUCUCUGAGUCUUCUACCUCAUAGGUGAGCACUUCCUCUGUAUUCAACAGCAAAUGGGUAAUGAGAACGGAAAACCAUUAUGGGUGGGCUCAAACCUCAUAACUGCAAUAAGUCACAGUGAGACGGGAGACUGUGGUUGCAGUGGUUAUGUAGGGUGGUCACAGCAAAGCAGGCAAAACAGUAUGACACAGAAUAGUAGGGCAUUAUAACCACUCCUCCCACGGUUAUAAAAGCUGAAGUCCAAAAUCAAGGAGUCAUCCAGGAGGGAGUGAGUCUGAGGAUGUAGUUGAGUUGUUAGAGUCCUUGCCUAGCAUGCACAUAGCCCUGAGUUUGAUCCCCAGCACAGCAUAAGACUGGGUGUUUUAAUCCUAGCACUCAAGACUUAGAGAUAAGAGGAUCAGCAAGGAGUUCAAGGUAAUUCCUUGUCAGAAAUCAAAUGUGGGGGCAUUCUGAGCAGCAUGAGACCUUGCUAGAGAGAGAGACAGGGAAAGAGACAGACAGAAAUAGUGACUGACAAAGAGACAUAGAAGAGACUGGGGAUGGGAGAGGAAGGAAGGAGGGAGGGAAAGCUAGAGUGGGAAGGGUAGUAGUUAGGUCAUCUUUCUGAAGCUUUGAAGGACACCUUUCCACCCUGUCUGAGUUGUUGUGUCUGUUGACAUUUCUUGACAUUCCUUUCCUUGCAGUUCCUCCGGUUUCUGCCUCUGUCCCUGCACGCCUCCUUACCCAUGUGUCUCUGUGUCUUUGUGCAGUCCUCUCUUCUUUGAGGACACGGUCAUUGCAUUAACCUGUAAUAGGUUAGGACUUACUCUGAAUUGCUAUGGCGUCAUCUAAGGGUGGCUGGAACUGUAAAGACCCAGUUUCCAAAUUCAGCCACAUCCACACAGAUGACGACAUUGACACAGAUGACGACAUUGACACAGAUGACGACAUUGACACAGAUGAUGACGUUGAUUGAGGGAAAGCUUUGCUUAAGCAGUGGUGCACCUGCCUGGUACCCCCAGAAGAGAAACGGCCUGGAGAACUCCUGUCCCGUUUUGCUAAGCUGUUCAGCCUCCAAGGGCAUCGAGAACUUUAUAGAGCUGAACUCUCUGAACAUUGUUUCUAUACAAAUGCAUUUGUAACAUCAGACAGCUGUGGCUCACAAAUGAACUUUUGGAAGGUGAUACGUCUCAGAGGCAUAACUGCUUGUUUUCCAAAGAACUUUGCUCCACUCAGGAAAAAAAAAAAAGUCAGAGUUAGAUUUUUAAAAUACUAUUAUCUCUAAUGGUUUCAUAAAAUAGAGCAGGCAUACUAAAAUUAAUAUAAGCACCUAUAAAUCUCCAUGCUUUUAAAGUGAACGUGGCAUAAAAGCAAUCAAGACCUCAUCCUUUCCCUGUAUGGGUUGCCAACAUGUGACUGGUUUCCGCUCCUGGCAUUUUCCAUCUUAGCCUUUGCCUGUCUCCUUCACCGUAUAAAGUGACUGCUUUUCAUUGAAGGUAGUUAUGAUUUAAUAAAAGCAUAGUGGAUUUUGACCAGAGGAAUGUCAUCUCUAGAUUGUAUUAACUUCGUUACCUUGGGCAAAUCAUCCAAGCUGCCUGUGCCCUGGUUUUCUUAUCUGUAUUGGAAUGAAAAUGAGUCUUUUCCCUUUGUGGUUCUGAGAACCCCAUAAAAAUCAUUAAAUAGUUAUUGUGUGCAUGGCUGUGGAUUCUUAGGUGCAGAAAAUGAAGAAUAGAGAGCCCUGUGCUCCAGGGGCUUCUGUCCUGGAAGGAAAAAAAAAGAGGAAUUUAUAAAUUAUAAACUGUUAUAGAUUUAAGUAAGGUGUUAUCAUCAUUGAUAUCCUGAAUUCAUGAGCUCCAACUUACAAAUAGACUUGAAAAUUUUAUUUGAAAAGUUUACAGCUUCUAGAUUAUAAGAACAUAAAUGAAAAACACACAAACAACAAAACAAAACAAAACAAAACAAACAACCCUUCCCCCUAAGAUUUGAAAACAUCUACCCUGCAGCAAUUUUACUCUAAAACUCAUGGUAAACAUUAAGAAUGCUUUUUUCUUUUCUUUUCUUUCUUUUCAAAGGUAGGGUUUCACUGUAUAUCCUUGGCUGUCCUGGAACUUACUCUGUAGGCCAGGCUGGCCUGGCAUAUGCUGCCACCACCACCUGGCUCUCCCCCCACCCCACCCCUACCCCCCUGCCGUGUUUGUGUGUGUGUGUGUGUGUGUGUGUGUGUGUGUGUGUGUGUCUGUCUGUCUGUCUGUCUGUCUGUUUGUCUGCCUGCCUGCCUGUCUCCUGUAACUCAGGCUGGCCUUGAAGUCCUGAUCCUUCUGCCUCCACUUCCCAACUGCUCUGAAUACAGGACUGCACCCCCAUAGUCCUUCCUUGCCUUUUUGCAGGCAGGCCUCACACUGUAGCCCAGGCUAGCCCUGAUAUUGGACUGAUCCUCCUGCUUCUGCUGCUCACUGGGACUACAAACCUGUGCCAUCACGUUUGUCUCAGUAAUGAGCAUAUCUCUGUAUGGUGUUUAAAAAUCAUUUCGUGACCUUUACCCAGUACGGAACAUUGUUCACAUGGCAUGUCAGACUAGAUACAAACCCUGCCUUCGAGGAGUUCGAGUCCAUUUAGACUGCACGCUCACUACAUACAAUAAGGACAGAAAUGUGAGAGCUCCUGGAUGGGAGUCACAGACUGAAAACUCCAGAAGGUGAAAGAACAGCUACUCAGAGAUUUGGACAUUCUCUUCUGGGGGAGAUAUUUAUUAUAGGUUAGUAUAGAUGUUUAUCUUUGUCUGGAGCUGGCAUUGGACUAGUAUACUUCUUUCAUUCUGAAAUCCAAGUAUGUGUAAGAUUCUCUGUUUUAGAACAACACUGCUAUGCAUUCAGUUUCUGUGCCUUCUCCAAAACUCAUGCCGAAACAUCAUGCCCACCUUGUGGGAGGAAGGUCACAAGGGCAGAGUUGAGAAUGGGAUUAGGGACCUUACAGUGGGGUAUCAGCUGGGUCUUCCUUCCCAUUUGCCCUUCUCUUCCUUCCAUAAUGCGUGCCCAGCAAAGUCAUGGAGGGACUGUCUUGGAAGGGUAUACUGGGCCCUCACCUGAGAUAAACAUCCUAUGCCGUGAUCUUGUAUUUCAUAGUCUCUAUGAAUGAGACUGUACAUUUGUAUGUAUGAGGUGUACAUUUGUAUUAUUAAUGAAUUAUCUAGUCUCAGGAACUUAACAGUAGGAAAGGAUUAGGGCAGCCACUCCAGCAGUUUUCACAGAUUAUCUGAGGUAGAGGCCUGAGCCUGGCUCUUUAAUGCUGUGCCUUGCCUGUAUGGAAGGCAUGCCACAAGAGACUGGUGGGACAGAAUCAAGGCACUAGUUCAUAACGUGCUAUCAUAGGAAGCAGAUUUGUUUCCAGUUUCUAUAGAGACAAACAAUGAGUAUUCUAGUUGUCUACCAAUUCUAUUGAUUGAGAAGCUGAUUCCGACUUCCAAGAGUGAACAUGAUACAUAAUGUCUCUCUGGUAGAUCUAAUUACUACAAACACCCUCUCUUCCUCUUCCUCUUCCUCCUCCUUUUUUUUAAACUAGUACCAUAGUUCUUUUAAUAUGCUUGGUAAGAAAUUUGCCUCUGAAGACCUUAUAGUGGCCAUUGACGGUCUCCUUGUCUGUAAUAUUUUCCCUUCAGAUUUCUGGAGAACAUGCCCGCAUGUCCAGGCACCUUAUCUAAAGCCUCAUCUGUCUCUCAUUAUUCUGUGCCCUACUUUCUCCAAUGGCAUUUACACCUAAGAGUUUUGUUUCCCAUCUGAUUCCCAAGUUCGAAUGCAUACACUCUAGCAACACACAUUUCCCCCCUAUUUCCUUCAUUCCCAUGGGCCUGCAAGUGCCAACUGUUCCUGGUUCUUAGUUCUUGUACGUGGUAGACAUUCAGCACUUAUUUAUUGAGUUCAGACUUCUAGGCUGAGGUUGCUUCCAAGAAAAGUCAAGUGGAGAAAUUCCCCUAGAGAAGGGGAGGGAAUAAAGAGAGAUGGGAGAGAGGAUGGUGGGAGGCGCCCUGGGACAUCACAGAAAUUCUGAUGUGCAUUCUGAUAACAGUAGAUGUUACUUCUGGAAGCUUCUUAAAGACAUUCUUGUAGGGCUUUGUAACAGAACAAAGAAGGCCCAGAGUCUUUGCCCUGUCUAUGGGACCCAGGUGUCACAGAGGCACAGUGUUUGUGGGAUAGAUUCGCUUUAACAGAAGCAAGGGGAGAGAAGGGUGGCAGCAAGGCCAGGUGUGGCAGGCGUCUCUGGACAGUGGAGCAGAGAGAAAGAACAGUGAGAAAAUAGUGAGGAUUUUUGUCGAGGUGUUUGCUGGAAGGUGAGCUCAUUUUCAGGUAGGAACCAUCUUUAAGGAAGACGUUUCUGAGUCGGAAGCAUCACCUUUGUCGUGAUGGUGGGAUUCCUAAUAGAAAUGCAGGGAUGGUCUCAGUCUUCUAAGCACGUUUACGUACGUUAUCUCCCUGGUUUAGUUCUCACUCCGCUUUUACACUUGAGUAUUCUGCGUGUUGAACUUUUGAGUUUUCUAGGAAUAAGGAUGAGUAGAUAGCAUGUGUGCUUGUACAAAAUAUAUCUGGCUCCGCUUGCACCCACAGUCUAACAUUAAAUAUAGAAAUAGCCACCUUGAUCCAACAGAAGAAAUUAGGAUUCUUGUUAUAUAAGCAAGCCACAUAGUCUUAUCAAGAUUCAUUCUGGAAAAAUCAUCUGAAAAGGUCCCUGAGAUUAGAGCUUAUGUUUUAUUCAUCCGUAGAUAGACUUGUGUGCAGAAGAUUUCUGUACUAGGUGGAAAAUGUUUUGCCUCCACGACAGAUUUGCUUUGCAUAUUUAACAGACCUGGGUUAACUGCUGUUAAGUAAAACCAUUGUGUUGGUUCUGAGAAAAAUCAGGCUCUCUCCUCCUUCCCUGUUCUCUCUGGGCUGUCUGGUGGUAAGUGGGUGGAGCCGCGGUGUGGUGUUACAGGUGCUGUCAGAGCUUGCCUGACUCAGAGGCUCAGGAGGGAGUGGUCAGGCUGCCUGCUGGCUUUUCUGAGGCUUUAUGACAGAAGUCGUCCUUAAACUGGGGUUUAAAAGGUAAUAGCCUUGAAUCAGGUGAAUAGCAUGGUAAAAAUAUAACUUUCUUAUAAUUACUUUAGGAUAUUAAUAGCCUCCAUUUCCUUGUCUGGACCCGCUACAAUGCACCCUUUCGAGUUCAGACAGUCAAGUGUCCUCAUUUCCUUGGUAUGCAUUGUAUCUAUUCCACCGAAGUACCUAGAGAAAGAAAAUGAAGCGUAGGUUUUAUGCGUGGCAGGCACAGAUCCAGUAAUGGGUGUGUCGAAAGCCAACCAGCAGGGUUCCCCAAAUUGCACCCGUCCCAGGCAUUCUUUUUUUUCCACAGUGUUCUUCAUUGUAGCCUAUACCCGGAUGGUAAUUGGUUGAAUCCGAUUUAACAAUGCAGUCAGAUAAACAGUUGUGGCAGCUGCUGCCAUGGCAACGUCACCAUCCUCUCCCUCCCAGCGCGCGCCCCUUCCCCACCCCUCCUCCUGCUCUCGCUUGUCUCUUGUAAGUGCACGCACGCCAGUGGUCUGUUCCCGCGGCCGGGUUUGAUGGCACAGCUAUUUUCUUCCCAAACUGUUCAAAAUGAUGAACGAAGAUGCAGCUCAGAAAAGCGACAGUGGAGAGAAGUUUAAUGGCAGUAGUCAAAGAAGAAAAAGACCCAAGAAGUCUGACAGCAAUGCCAGCUUCCUCCGCGCUGCCAGAGCAGGCAACCUGGACAAAGUGGUGGAAUAUCUGAAAGGGGGCAUUGACAUCAAUACCUGCAAUCAGAAUGGACUCAAUGCUCUCCACCUGGCAGCCAAGGAAGGCCAUGUGGGCCUUGUGCAGGAGCUGCUGGGAAGAGGGUCCUCCGUGGAUUCUGCCACCAAGAAGGGAAAUACCGCCCUUCACAUUGCAUCACUGGCUGGACAAGCAGAAGUUGUCAAAGUUCUAGUUAAGGAAGGAGCCAAUAUCAAUGCCCAGUCGCAGAAUGGCUUCACUCCUUUGUACAUGGCUGCCCAGGAGAAUCACAUUGAUGUUGUAAAAUAUUUGCUAGAAAAUGGAGCUAACCAGAGUACUGCUACAGAGGACGGCUUUACUCCUCUGGCUGUGGCACUCCAACAGGGACACAACCAGGCGGUGGCCAUCCUCUUGGAGAAUGACACCAAAGGAAAGGUGAGGCUACCAGCCCUGCACAUUGCUGCUCGGAAAGAUGACACCAAGUCCGCCGCCCUCCUGCUUCAGAAUGAUCACAACGCUGAUGUACAAUCCAAGAUGAUGGUGAACAGGACAACAGAGAGUGGCUUCACUCCUUUGCACAUAGCUGCACACUAUGGGAAUGUAAAUGUGGCAACUCUUCUUCUAAACCGGGGAGCUGCUGUGGACUUCACCGCCAGGAAUGGAAUCACUCCUCUGCACGUGGCUUCCAAACGAGGAAAUACCAACAUGGUGAAGCUUCUACUGGAUCGAGGUGGUCAGAUUGAUGCCAAAACUAGGGACGGGCUGACACCACUUCACUGUGCUGCGCGGAGUGGGCAUGAUCAAGUGGUGGAGCUGCUGUUGGAACGGAAGGCUCCCUUGCUGGCGAGGACCAAGAAUGGGCUGUCCCCGCUUCACAUGGCUGCGCAGGGGGACCACGUGGAAUGUGUGAAGCACCUGCUCCAAUACAAGGCGCCUGUCGAUGACGUCACCCUGGAUUACCUGACGGCUCUUCAUGUUGCUGCACACUGUGGGCACUACCGUGUAACCAAACUCCUGCUGGACAAGAGAGCCAACCCGAACGCAAGAGCCCUGAAUGGUUUUACUCCACUGCACAUUGCCUGCAAGAAAAACCGCAUCAAAGUCAUGGAACUGCUGGUGAAAUAUGGGGCUUCAAUCCAAGCUAUAACAGAGUCUGGCCUCACACCAAUACAUGUGGCUGCCUUCAUGGGCCACUUGAACAUUGUCCUCCUUCUGCUGCAGAACGGAGCCUCUCCAGAUGUCACUAACAUUCGUGGUGAGACAGCUCUUCACAUGGCGGCCCGGGCUGGGCAGGUGGAAGUGGUCCGAUGUCUUCUGAGGAAUGGUGCUCUUGUGGAUGCCAGAGCCAGGGAGGAGCAGACACCUUUACACAUUGCCUCCAGGCUGGGGAAGACGGAAAUUGUCCAGCUGCUUCUACAGCAUAUGGCUCACCCCGAUGCAGCCACUACAAAUGGGUACACACCACUACACAUCUCUGCUCGGGAAGGACAGGUAGACGUGGCCUCUGUCCUGCUGGAAGCGGGAGCAGCCCAUUCCUUAGCGACCAAGAAGGGCUUCACUCCCCUGCAUGUAGCAGCCAAGUAUGGAAGCCUGGAUGUGGCAAAACUUCUCUUGCAACGUCGUGCAGCCGCAGAUUCAGCAGGGAAGAAUGGCCUUACCCCGCUCCAUGUUGCUGCUCAUUAUGACAACCAGAAGGUGGCGCUGUUGCUGCUGGAGAAGGGUGCUUCCCCUCAUGCCACGGCCAAGAAUGGCUAUACUCCCUUACACAUUGCUGCCAAGAAGAAUCAGAUGCAGAUAGCUUCCACACUACUGAACUAUGGGGCCGAGACUAACACUGUGACAAAGCAAGGGGUCACUCCACUGCAUCUGGCCUCACAAGAGGGGCACACAGACAUGGUCACCUUGCUUCUGGACAAAGGAGCCAAUAUCCACAUGUCAACCAAGAGUGGACUCACAUCCUUACACCUUGCAGCCCAAGAAGAUAAGGUGAACGUUGCGGACAUUCUCACCAAACACGGGGCCGAUCGGGAUGCCUACACAAAGCUUGGUUACACACCUUUGAUCGUGGCCUGUCACUAUGGAAAUGUGAAAAUGGUCAACUUUCUUCUGAAACAGGGAGCAAAUGUCAAUGCGAAAACCAAGAAUGGCUACACACCUUUGCACCAAGCUGCCCAGCAGGGCCACACACACAUCAUUAAUGUCCUGCUCCAGCACGGGGCCAAGCCUAAUGCUACUACUGCGAAUGGUAACACGGCCCUGGCGAUUGCUAAGCGGCUGGGCUACAUCUCCGUGGUUGACACCCUGAAGGUUGUGACUGAAGAGGUCACCACCACUACCACGACUAUCACGGAAAAACAUAAGCUAAAUGUUCCUGAGACAAUGACGGAGGUCCUUGAUGUUUCUGAUGAAGAGGCCCUUAAGCAGUUUGGUGACCACUUUAUUGAUGGGGAAGCAUUUAGUGACUCAGGUGAUGACACUGUGACAGGUGAUGGGGGAGAAUACCUCAGGCCAGAAGAUCUCAAGGAGCUCGGAGAUGACUCACUGCCCAGCAGUCAGUUCCUGGAUGGCAUGAACUACCUUCGGUACAGUCUGGAGGGAGGAAGAUCCGACAGUACCAUCCCCAGCCUCCGGUCCUUCAGUUCCGACAGGUCUCACACUCUGAGCCAUGCAUCGUACCUGAGGGACAGUGCCAUGAUUGACGACACGGUUGUGAUCCCCAGCCACCAGGUGUCUGCGCUAGCCAAGGAGGCAGAAAGGAAUUCUUAUCGUCUGAGCUGGGGCACUGAGAACUUAGACAACGUGGCUCUUUCUUCCAGUCCUAUUCAUUCAGGCCGCUCCUCUCCAUGUCUCGAUCGUGACAACAGCAGGAGGUGCCUGCUCAAGAGACCUUGUUUCCUAGUCAGUUUUAUGGUGGAUGCCCGUGGUGGUGCCAUGCGAGGAUGCAGACACAAUGGACUCAGAAUCAUUAUCCCACCUCGGAAAUGCACAGCCCCAACUCGCGUCACCUGCCGCCUUGUGAAACGCCAUCGACUGGCAACAAUGCCGCCCAUGGUGGAAGGAGAAGGCCUGGCCAGCCGCCUGAUUGAAGUCGGACCUUCGGGAGCUCAGUUUCUUGGUAAACUUCACCUGCCAACGGCUCCUCCCCCACUUAAUGAGGGAGAAAGUUUGGUCAGCCGCAUCCUUCAGCUGGGGCCUCCUGGAACCAAAUUCCUUGGGCCCGUGAUCGUGGAGAUCCCUCACUUCGCCGCUCUUCGAGGAAAGGAGAGGGAGCUGGUGGUCCUGCGCAGUGAAAAUGGGGACAGCUGGAAAGAGCAUUUCUGCGACUACACUGAGGAUGAAUUGAACGAAAUCCUUAAUGGCAUGGAUGAAGUGCUGGACAGUCCAGAAGACCUGGAAAAGAAACGAAUCUGCCGCAUCAUCACUCGUGACUUCCCACAGUACUUUGCGGUGGUGUCUCGCAUCAAACAGGACAGCAACCUGAUUGGCCCCGAGGGUGGAGUACUGAGCAGCACAGUGGUGUCACAGGUGCAAGCCGUCUUCCCAGAGGGCGCACUCACCAAGCGCAUUCGAGUAGGCCUACAGGCUCAACCUAUGCAUAGUGAAUUGGUAAAGAAGAUCUUAGGCAACAAAGCCACCUUCAGCCCAAUAGUCACUUUGGAACCCAGGAGAAGAAAAUUCCACAAGCCAAUUACUAUGACUAUUCCUGUCCCCAAAGCUUCAAGUGAUGUCAUGCUGAAUGGUUUUGGGGGAGACGCACCAACCUUAAGAUUACUGUGCAGCAUAACAGGUGGAACUACGCCUGCCCAGUGGGAAGACAUCACAGGAACAACGCCACUAACAUUUGUCAAUGAGUGUGUUUCCUUUACAACCAACGUGUCUGCCAGGUUCUGGCUGAUAGACUGUCGACAGAUUCAGGAGUCUGUUGCCUUUGCAUCACAAGUGUAUAGAGAAAUUAUCUGUGUGCCAUAUAUGGCCAAAUUUGUAGUGUUUGCCAAGUCACAUGACCCCAUUGAAGCCAGGUUGCGGUGUUUCUGUAUGACAGAUGACAAAGUAGAUAAGACCCUUGAACAACAAGAAAACUUCUCUGAGGUGGCCAGGAGCAGGGAUGUGGAGGUAUUGGAAGGAAAACCUAUUUAUGUUGAUUGUUUUGGCAACCUGGUUCCACUAACCAAGAGUGGCCAACAUCAUAUAUUCAGCUUUUUUGCCUUCAAAGAAAAUAGACUUCCUCUCUUUGUCAAGGUUCGUGACACAACCCAGGAACCUUGCGGGCGACUCUCAUUUAUGAAGGAACCCAAAUCCACAAGAGGACUGGUGCAUCAAGCUAUUUGCAACUUAAACAUCACCCUGCCAAUUUAUGCCAAGGAAUCGGAGUCAGAUCAAGAGCCGGAGGAAGAGAUCGGUAUGACAUCCGAAAAAAAUGAUGAGACAGAGUCGACAGAAACAUCUGUCCUGAAAAGCCACCUGGUUAAUGAAGUUCCUGUCUUAGCAAGUCCGGACUUGCUCUCUGAAGUUUCUGAGAUGAAACAAGAUUUGAUCAAAAUGACGGCCAUCUUGACCACAGAUGUGUCUGAUAAGGCAGGUUCGCUCAAAGUGAAGGAGCUGGCAAAGGCCGGUGAAGAAGAGCCAGGCGAGCCCUUUGAAAUUGUAGAGAGAGUGAAGGAGGACUUAGAGAAGGUGAAUGCGAUCCUGAGGAGUGGAACAUGCAUGAGAGAUGAAGGCAGAGCGCGGAGUUCUCAGUCUGAGCGGGAGCUAGAGGAGGAAUGGGUUAUUGUCAGCGAUGAGGAAAUCCAAGAGGCCAAGCAACACGCCCCAGUAGAAAUCGAUGAACACCCAUGUAUAGAGGUCAGAGUAGACAGAGAGACCAAGGCCAAAGUAGAAAAGGACUCUACUGGGUUAGUGAACUACCUCACAGAUGACCUAAAUUCAUACACUAGUCCUCAUGAAAAGAAGCCACACACAGCUCCAGAAAAGUCAGGGGAGACAAGUCAGGCUUCAGCUGUUGGCAAGAGCUCUGAGAGUAAUAAGGGGAAGGCCACCUCAGCCGAGGAGAAACAGAGCGCUCAGAAGCAGCUCAAACCAGGCCUGGCGAUCAAAAAGCCAGUGAGGAGGAAACUAAAAGAGAAGCAGAAACAGAAAGAGGAAAGCUCGCAAAGCAGCGAAGAAAAGACCGAACUUAAGAAAGGUAGUUCAGAGGAGUCGGUAGAUGAAGACCGCGGCCUGGUCCCUGAACCCCUCCCCACUGCCAAGGCCACCUCUCCUCUCAUAGAAGAAACUCCUAUUGGUUCCAUAAAGGACAAAGUGAAGGCUCUUCAGAAGCGAGUGGAAGAUGAGCAGAAAGGCCGAAGCAAGCUGCCAGUCAGAGUCAAAGGCAAAGAGGAUGUGCCCAAAAGGACCACUCCCAGGACACACCCAGCUGUGUCACCCUCUUCAAAGUCAUCGACUUCCUCUAAAGCAGAAAGACACUCUUCCCUUUCUUCCUCCGCAAAACCUGAAAGGCACACACCAGUGUCACCGUCCAGCAAAAACGAAAAACUCUCACCUGUGUCACCCUCGGCCAAAACCGAACGGCAUUCACCAGUAUUUUCAGGUAAACCCGAGAAACACUCACCUGGUUCCCCCUCAACCAAAAAUGAAAGACAUUCCCCUGUGUCAUCUCUAAAAACAGAACGACACACACCCGGGUCCCCUUCAGGUAAGACAGACAAACGUCCACCGGUGCCAUCAUCUGGAAGAACAGAGAAACAUCCCCCAGUGUCACCUGGCAAAACCGAAAAACACUUGCCCGGUUCCCCUUCUAUAAGAACCCCAGAGAAGCCGGCACCUGGGUCUGCCACCGGGAAACAUGAGAAGCACCUCCCUGUGUCUCCUGGGAAGACAGAAAAGCAGCCACCCAUAUCUCCCACCUCCAAAACCGAACGAAUUGAGGAGACAAUGUCUGUCCGGGAGCUCAUGAAAGCAUUCCAGUCAGGUCAGGACCCAUCUAAACACAAAACAGGACUCUUUGAGCACAAGUCAGCCAAACAAAAACAGCCGCAAGACAAAAGUAAAAGUCGGGUAGAAAAAGAAAAAGGGCACACUGUGACCCAGAGAGAAACACAGAGAAUAGAAAGUCAGACAGCCAAGCGUGGCCAGAGAUUCCAGGUCUCGGCAGCUACGGAAUCCAGAAGGUUCCGUUCUACCACCAUCACCGUUGGGCUCAGGAUGGAAGAUCCAGUUAGAGAAAGGUUUGAGAGAACCCCCAUUAUUAAAACACCCGAGGUAGUUCCAUCAGUGGCGGCAGAAGAGAGCCAUCGUGGGAGUGAGAAGAUUGUGGAUGAGCAGGGAGACAUGGACUUCCAGAUCAGUCCAGACAGGAAAACCUCCACUGACUUUUCUGAAGUCAUCAAGCAAGAGUUAGAAGACAAUGACAAAUACCAACAAUUCCGCCUCACCGAGGACACAGAAAAGGCUCAGGUUCAUUUAGACCAAGUAAUUACGAGUCCCUUCAACACGGCUUUCCCACUAGAUUAUAUGAAAGACGAGUUCCUUCCAGCUCUGUCUUUACAGAGCGGUGCUUUGGGUGGCAGUUCCGAAAGCCUGAAACAAGAAGUGAUAGCAGGCUCGCCUUGCAGCAGCCUGAUGGAAGGCACGCCUCAGAUCAGUUCAGAAGAGAGCUACAAACAUGAGGGCCUAGCAGAAACUCCUGAGACAAGUCCAGAGAGUCUUUCUUUCUCACCAAAGAAAAGUGAGGAACAGAUUGGAGAGGCUAAGGAAACUACCAAGGUAGGAACACCCACAGACAUUCAUUCAGAAAAAGAGCUUCCUAUAACUAAUGACAUUACUGAUAGUUCUCAAAAACAAGGUGCUGGGGUCACUCGGGGUUCAGAGCCCUCUACAGAGCAUUCUCAGAAGGAGGUCACCCAAGACCCUCACAAAGAUGUGUGCUCCAAACAAGAUGGCUGCCCUGAGAGCCAGAGUGUAUCAUUAGCAAGUGAGGUGUUUACUGAGAAAGGGUCCUGUGGUGAAAGUCAGCUUCCACUUGUUAGCUCAGCUUUUAAGACACAAUCAGAAAGUGAAACUCAGGAAUCCUUAACACCCUCAGAAGUGACAAAGCCCUUCCCACCAUCUGAUGCUUCCGUCAAGACAGCUGAGGGAACUGAACCAAAGCCCCAGGGAGCUAUUAGAAGUCCCCAAGGGCUAGAACUUCCUCUCCCUAACCGGGAUAGUGAGGUCCUUAGCCCAAUGGCUGAUGAAUCAUUAGCAGUCAGCCACAAAGACUCUCUGGAAGCCAGCCCCGUGCUAGAAGAUAACUCCUCCCACAAAACCCCUGAUUCUCUGGAACCAAGUCCUCUGAAAGAGUCCCCUUGCAGGGACUCCCUUGAAAGCAGCCCGGUUGAGCCUAAAAUGAAGGCAGGAAUACUCCCAAGUCACUUUCCCCUCCCCGCAGCUAUUGCCAAAACAGAUCUUGUUGCGGAAGUGGCCUCCAUGCGUUCCCGGCUGCUCCGAGACCCCGAUGGCAGUGCUGAGGAUGACAGUCUAGAGCAGACAUCCCUCAUGGAGAGCUCAGGGAAAAGCCCCCUGUCCCCUGACACCCCCAGCUCCGAGGAAGUUAGCUACGAGGUCACACCCAAACCUUCCGAUUCAAGUACACCCAAACCGGCUGUGAUUCACGAAUGUGCAGAAGAGGAUGACUCUGAGAACGGGGAGAAGAAGAGGUUCACGCCAGAAGAGGAAAUGUUCAAAAUGGUAACCAAAAUUAAAACGUUUGAUGAACUUGAGCAAGAAGCAAAGCAGAAAAGGGACUACAAAAAAGAACCCAGGCAAGAUGGGUCCUCCUCAGCCUCGGACCCCGAUGCUGACUAUUCAGCAGAAGUGAAUGACGAGAAACAGAUGGCGGGCACAGAGGGGGAGGGGGAGGUCCCUGUCUUGGUGACUUCAGAGAACAGAAAGGUUUCUUCUUCCUCCUCGGAGAGCGAACCUGAGCUGACACAGCUGAGUAAAGGUGCUGACUCGGGACUUCUGACGGAGCCAGUUAUCCGAGUGCAACCCCCAUCUCCCCUCCCAUCCAGCAUAGACUCUAAUUCUAGCCCCGAAGAAGCAACGCAGUUCCAGCCCAUAGUUCCCAAGCAAUACACUUUCAAGAUGAAUGAGGAGAUUCAAGAAGAGCCAGCUACUUCAGAAGAUAAAGACUGCAAAUCACAUUUAGCGGAAGACAGUCAGACUCAUUCUGCUGAUGCUGCUGAUGGGUCUGAUGGUGACCUGAACAGAGAGACUACUCAGCCAGAGACCUGUGAUGGCCAUGGUUGUGAGACUGUGAGUCCUAGCAACUCAGCCACUCCUGUCUCCCUAGGAGUUCAGAGUCCAGAGCAUAAAGAUGUCGAUAAGCCCCUGGCCAUUGAUAAAGACUCACUAGCUCACCAAGAUACUUGUGAAAAUGACCGAGAAGAAAGAGAGUUUGAUCCUUCUGGAGUAGAAUCUACUCAAGCAGAUCUUCCCAAUGAAAGCUCUUCCUUGUCUUCUCGUUGUGCGAUACCUGAAGGAAAUGAAUCAGCUAAAGAAAUAGCCUCUCCAUCUUCCCCUGUAAAAGUAGAGGUCACGAUAACUGACCAGGCUUUGGAGAGCAUGCCAGAGGACUGUCCCAUUCAAGACUCAUCUACUACAAUGCAAACAGAGAGGUUUGCCAUGGACGUUCCAGUGUCUGAGUUAGCUGAGACUGAUGAAAAUUCUGACCCUCAAAUCAUCAGCCCUUAUGAAAAUGUUCCUUCCUCAUCGUUCUUCUCUGCUGAGCCCAGCAAAAUCCAAACAGAUACCUGUCAUAGCACAGUUGUUCAUUCACCUGAAGUGUAUUCUGUCAUCAUCAGAUCCUCUCCUGAGGAUGUGGUAGUGACAAACUCCUCUAACAGAACUGUCUCAGGUGAAGAGUCUCAUUGUGAGAGCCACGAUCUAGAAACUGAAUCCGAGCAAAAAAGUGCUUUGUGGGCCGCGCAGUCUGAUGCACCUCCCUUGGCCGUAGCACCCACCGCAUCAGAUGCAGCAUCAGUCACUGGGGAACAAGCAAGCAAAGUCAUCAUCACCAAAACGGAUGCUGAUGCUGACUCCUGGAGCGAGAUCCGUGAAGACGACGCAGCCUUCGAAGCUCGGGUGAAGGAGGAAGAACAGAAGAUAUUCGGUUUGAUGGUAGACAGGCAGUCACAGGGCACCACUCCUGAUACCACUCCUGCUAGGACCCCAACUGAAGAGGGGACUCCGACAAGUGAACAAAAUCCAUUCCUCUUUCAGGAAGGAAAACUGUUUGAGAUGACCCGAAGUGGUGCUAUCGAUAUGACCAAAAGGCCCUAUGCAGAUGAAAGUUUGCACUUUUUCCAAAUCGGCCAAGAGUCCAAUGAAGAGGCUAUCUCCGAAGACUUGAAGGAAGGGGCCACUGGGGCUGAGCCUCCACAGACGGAGACUACUAGUGAGUCGCUGGAACUUUCAGAACCCAAAGAAGCAAUGGAUGACGAAGGAGAAUUACUUCCUGAUGAUGUAAGUGAGGAGAUAGAGGAUUUACCUGCCUCGGAUGCUAACAUUGACUCCCAAGUGAUAAUUUCAGCUUCCACAGAAACACCCACCAAAGAGGCUGUAUCCACAGCGGUCGAGGAGCCCCCCACCACACAGCGGAGUGAUUCUCUGAGCACUGUGAAGCAGACACCACGCCCUGCCGUCCCUGGACCUGUUGGUCAGUUGGACUUUUCCCCCGUCACUAGGUCUGUUUAUUCGGGACAGGAUGAUGAGUCCCCAGAGUCUUCUCCAGAGGAACAGAAGUCUGUGAUUGAGAUCCCUACUGCACCCGUGGACAACGUGCCUUCUGCCGAAAGCAAACCCCAAAUUCCUAUCAGGACUCUCCCCACUUUAGUCCCAGCCCCUCCAUCUGCAGAGGAUGAGAGUGCAUUUUCUGAUGAUUUCCCAUCUAGCCUGGAUGAGGAUAGUAAGGAAGGUGGAGCAAAACCAAAGUCCAAAAUUCCCGUCAAAGCACCCACCCAAAGAACUGAGUGGCAGCCCUCCCCUACCGACAUACCUCUCCAGAAGACAGCUGUCCCCCAGGGACAGGAAACACUAAGCAGAGCACCAGAUGGUAGAAGCAAGUCAGAGUCAGACGCUAGUUCCUUAGAUGCUAAGACCAAAUGCCCAGUGAAAGCCAGAAGUUACAUUGAGACAGAGACGGAGAGCAGGGAGAGGGCCGAGGGGUUUGAGUCAGAAUCAGAAGACGGGGCCACAAAACCAAAGCUCUUUGCAUCCCGACUGCCGGUGAAGAGCAGGAGCACUUCAUCUUCCGGCAGGCCAGGCACGAGCCCCACCAGAGAGAGCAGGGAGCACUUCUUUGACCUUUACCGAAACUCCAUAGAAUUCUUUGAGGAGAUUAGUGAUGAAGCUUCCAAAUUAGUGGACAGGCUUACACAGUCAGAGAGGGAGCAGGAGCCACCUUCAGACGACGAAAGUAGCAGUGCCCUGGAAGUGUCAGUCAUUGAGAGUCUGCCACCUGUUGACAUUGAGCACUCAGCUCCCGAGGACAUCUUUGACACAAGGCCCAUUUGGGAUGAGUCUAUUGAGACUAUGAUUGAACGCAUCCCUGAUGAAAAUGGCCAUGACCGAGCUGAAGAUCCCCAAGAUGAGCAGGAGCGGAUGGAAGAAAGGCUGGCUUACAUCGCUGAUCACCUUGGCUUCAGCUGGACAGAAUUAGCAAGAGAACUGGAUUUCACUGAGGAGCAAAUUCACCAAAUUCGAAUCGAGAACCCCAACUCCCUUCAAGAUCAGAGCCACGCACUGCUCAAGUACUGGCUGGAGAGGGAUGGGAAGCAUGCCACAGAUACCAUCCUCAUCGAAUGCCUCACCAAGAUCAACAGGAUGGACAUUGUACAUCUCCUGGAGACCAACACAGAGCCCCUCCAGGAGCGCAUGGGCCGCAGCUAUGCAGAAAUAGAGCAGACCAUUACGCUGGACCACAGUGAAGGAUUUUCAGUCCUUCCAGACGAGCUCUGUGCUGCCAAGGAGAAGAAGGAGCAGGAAGCUUCCAAAGAAAGCGAGUCUAGCGACCACCCGCCCAUGGUCUCCGAAGAAGACAUAUCUGUCGGUUAUUCCACAUUUCAGGAUUGCCUCCCCAAAACUGAAGGGGACAGCCCAGCAGCAGCACUGUCUCCUCAAAUGCACCAGGAGCCAGUUCAACAAGAUUUCUCAGGGAAAACGCAAGACCAGCAGGAAUAUUAUGUAACAACACCAGGGGCAGAAGUGGAAGACCCUCAGAAGGCCACAGCCGUUCCUGACUCUCUCUGUAAGACUCCUGAGGACAUCAGUACCCCUCCUGAGGGAACAAAGCCUUGUCUCCAGACCCCGGUGACUAGCGAACGUGGUUCUCCGAUUGUGCAAGAACCUGAGGAGGCUUCCGAGCCCAAAGAGGAGAGUUCUCCAAGGAAAACUAGCCUGGUCAUUGUUGAGUCAACAGACGACCAGUCUCAGGUCUUUGAAAGACUGGAUGGUGAUGCCGCUUUUCAAAAGGGAGACGAUAUGCCUGACAUACCCCCAGAGACGGUCACAGAGGAAGAAUAUGUUGAUGAGAAUGGACACACCGUGGUGAAGAAGGUUACCCGGAAAAUCAUUAGGCGGUACGUUUCCUCUGAUGGCACAGAGAAGGAGGAGGUUACCAUGCAGGGAAUGCCUCAGGAGCCAGUCAACAUUGAGGAUGGGGACAAUUAUUCCAAAGUGAUAAAGCGCGUGGUAUUGAAGAGUGACACCCAGCAGUCAGAGGUGACUUUGUCUGAACCCAGCGUUUUGUCCAGUACCUCACAGUUUCAGGCCGAGCCAGUAGAAGGCCGUAGAGUCAGCAAAGUUGUUAAAACAACCAUGGUACACGGAGAACGGAUGGAGAAGAGUCUUGGGGACUCUAGCUUAGCCACUGACCUUCCUUCAGCCAAAGAUGACUUUGAAGAGGACAACAAUGAGUAAAGCCAGGACACAGAGGAGGGCUGUGGUGAAGGACCAGCAGGGGAAACACAUCACCUUGGAGCACCUGGAGGAUGUUCCCGGAGCACUGGACCAAGACGACCUCCAGCGAGAUCUCCAGCAACUCCUUCGGCACUUCUGCAAGGAGAACACAAAGCAAGAGGCCAAAUGAGGAGCUGCCCAGUUCUCACCAGAAACCACAAACCCACUCAAUAUGCAACUUCCCAUUUCUGCGCAGGAGUGACUGAAGUGGCCUAAUUACUGGGACCCAGUGACACUUCCACUCUCAGCAAACACACAGCAUCUACUUUUCCUUCUUUCUCCCUGCCCCUCUCUAACUAUAAGCUAAUUUGUGACCAAAGAUAGCAUCCUUCCUUCCGGAUGCUGUAUCCACUAUUUUGAGCAUCCGUGCUAACCUGGGAACUGGCAUCUCUAUUGUUUGCUUCUGCUCAAGCUCCAUGAAACUCCAUGAAUCAGAAGAACUUCACCUGCAGACUUCUUCAAAUGACAGGGGAAUCCUUCCAAGGGUAUCUAUGUAUAAUGUAUAUAGCCGAAAUUCUCAGACGAACAACAGAGUAAAAUUCAAACCACUGCCUGUCAUAAUUACACUGGGCAUCAUGGAAUAAAAGCCUCUAGAUAUUGCUGAACAAUGGUUAAUUAUGAUAUUGCUAACACAAUCAAAUGGUAAUACAGUUCUAUGGAAGAAACACUUCAGACUUAGACACGUCCUUAGAACUUCCAGAGUAGCCAUUUGCUCUUAAAGCCGUCAGGAUCAUAAUCUUGAAGAAGAAUCCCUAGGAGUGGUCUCUAGGACUGGUCAGCCAUAGCCGUUGGCUCUUGGACUGUGGCCCUGAGGGAGAGGGAGAAGGACUCACAGGCCAGCAGAUGGAAACAGCGAGGUAUUCUGGUGCUAGAAGCUUCAGGGGUGGUGUUCUAGCACCUUCAGGUGUUUUUGACUUUGGACACGUUGGCAGGGUAUUUUAAAAGCUAUAACUACUGUAGUUUUCCGGUGUUCAUUGCUGCUUUAGCAAACCACGCUGUCUUACUGGUGGUACUUUCUUCUGGCCACUGCACUGUAGAUAAUUCAUUGGAAACAAGAUUUAUGCACCACACAAAAGGUUAAAUGCUGUCACCAUGUUGGAGUGGUUUCUUUUCUUUUCUUUUCUUUUCUUUUCUUUUCUUUUCUUUUCUUUUUCCCCACCUCCAAGUUUAUCUUUCCUCUAAUACCUGCAUGUAGCAUCACACACACACACACACACACACACACACACACACACACACACACAUCUUCUCAUUACACUAAUGGUUUUCACUCUGAGUCUCAACUUUCUCGCCAUGUCUGCUCUUCAGCUUGCAGAUGAGAUUUUGGGAAAUCCUUGGAAAAUUUGGUUCUCAUUAAUUUUUUUUUUUGGUUUAUUUAUUCAAACCCCAGUCACUCUUGGAAACUGAAGUGCAUUUGUGUGACUUUCUGUUUGUUUUAGAGAAGGGACAAUGACAGUCUGAGUGCUCCCCAUGCCCUAUGUCGAAUCCCCCUAGUGAUUGAAGCUGUGUAGCAUUUUAACAUAUAUAUAUAAAUAUAUUCACAAAUAUAUUCAUAUAAACAGUAUACGUUUUGAAUCAGUUAUUUGUUAAAGAAAGUAUAUUCAAUGAAGAUGAAAUUAAAAAGAAAAAGAAAGAAAGAGAGAAAGAAAGAAAGAGAGAGAGAGAAAGAAGGAAAACAGCCUACCCUCCAGAGACUGACAUUUUUCCAGUCCUAUCUAGCCUUUUCCUGUGUGCAGAACUGACUCAUUGCUCGGAAUGUCAGACACAAACACGACAAACAAUAGCACUUCAUCUUUUUGAGUAACAUUGCCAAGAGAAGAAUUUUCCUGGGAGAGAGGUUUCCCAUCAGGCAAAUCUCCUGAGUCCCCGGCACUAGCACUUUCUGGGGGACUGUGUAGAAACAAAGUGUUCUUUGGCAUCCAAACUGAGAGAGAGAGGCAGGUGGCAGCCCUUCUUGAGAUAUGAGGUGGCCAUCUUAUCAGAUCUUUGCCCUGGAGCUCAUGAAAAGCCUUUCUGUUGUGUUAUUUGCAGUGCAGAUGAUGUCCUUGUGGCAACUUAAUGGUUCUUCACUUUUUUUUCCUUCAAUUUUAAUUUUUUUUUUUUUUGCUGUGUUAUCAAAAACUUGAAUACUGUGAGAAGUGAAUUUUCAGUUGAUGAAUCAGCAUCUUGUUCCCAUGGUGAUAACACUAAUUGAAUAUAUCUAUGAGGGCAUGUAUUAGUUAUUGGAAAACAAUACAACACUAACAAUACAUAGCUGCAAUGUUGUACAAUGGCUGAUUUAACUAAAUAAAAUGUAUAAGUGUUAAGUGUU